AUGGUCAUCAUACAGCAGGGUGUGUGUAUUCGCUUUGGUAUCUCGAAGGACCCAGCAUAUUUGUUGAAGGUCUACGCACUCCCAUGCCUCAUAGCCUCUAUCACCAACCUUCGCUGCACCACUAUGAUCCAGUCAGCUCUGAGGGAUCUUCUGCAGAUUGAACCCAACCGCGGCGUAGUCCUUUAUCUUCCAGUUCCUGAAGAGAACUUUGCGACAAAUGGUGUAACUUACAUGGGCGAGAUCGCACGCUAUGAGCGCCGGACCGAUGACGAUGACCCGGGUAUCCUUCGAAAUAUCUCACGGGGCUUGAGUAGAAGGCUGAAAUCAAGCAGCACUCAGAGCGCGCCUCGUUCUGAGGCAACAACCUCUUCAUGGGACCCUGAGACCGAUGCUCAAAUGUCAAUAUCCGCGAAAGGAAAUGAUUCUUUCCACAGCGAGGGCUCUCGAGAAGUAGAAGCAUCAGGCCAAGGCAACACUAGAGGAUCCAAGAGUCUGCGACACUUCCUUUCCCGUCGUGCGCAAAAUCCUACUGAAGCAGAUGACAAGCGGUAA